GAAAACUUGUCAGUCGUUUACUUUUCUUCCAAAAUGGCUCCAACAAGGAGUAUGUUCGGAUUUUUAAAUCCGAAAACCAUUAGCGCAGUUAUUUCGAGCAAUGUUUCUAAAACUUCCAACCGCUUCGUGCACAAGUGCAUCAACAGUGGAGAUAACUUUAUAAAUGGCCCACUUGUUUCAGGUGUUACCUUAGCACACAAAAAUUUUAAAUAUAACGUAGCUCAGUGUUACCGACAAAUUCACACUACGCGUAGUCUGUGGGCUCGAGCAGACUAUUAUAAAGUUUUGGGCGUAUCUAAAAAUGCUUCUGCUAAGGAUAUCAAGAAGGCAUACUAUCAAUUAGCAAAAAAAUAUCAUCCUGAUGCUAAUAAAUCUGAUCCAGAAGCUUCUAAAAAGUUCCAGGAGGUCUCAGAGGCUUAUGAAAUUCUGUCAGAUGAGAAUAAGCGUAAACAGUAUGACACUUUUGGAACAACAUCGGAGCAGAUGGGCAUGGGUGGAGGGCCUAGCGGUGCUGAUGGUUUUACCCACCAGUGGCAAUACAAGUCUACGAUAGAUCCUGAAGAGCUGUUCCGGAAGAUAUUUGGAGAUGCUGGGUUUAAGAGUGACACAUUUGCUGACUUUGCCGAGAGCCAGUUUGGGUUUGGUGCGGCUCAAGAGGUGAUCGUCAACUUGAGAUUCACUGAAGCUGCGCGUGGUGUGAACAAGGACAUCAACGUGAACGUAGUGGACACAUGUCAGAAAUGUAUGGGAAGCCGAUGCGAACCGGGCACGAAGUCUAUCAAGUGCACCUAUUGUAACGGCACGGGCAUGGAGACUUUCUCUAGAGGUCCGUUUGUAAUGCGCUCUACAUGCCGACACUGUCAUGGUACCAGAAUGCUGAUCAAAUACCCAUGUAUCGAAUGUGAGGGGAAAGGACAAUCUGUACAACGCAAGAAGAUAACAGUGCCCGUGCCGGCCGGAGUGGAAGACGGUCAGACGGUGAGAAUGGCGGUCGGGAACAACGAGAUAUUCAUCACAUUCAAAGUGGAGAAGUCCAAUUACUUUAGGCGGGACGGGCCGGACGUGCACACGGAAUGCUCGAUUUCGGUUUCGCAAGCUGUUUUGGGCGGUACUGUGAGGAUACAGGGUCUAUACGAGGAUCACACUAUUCAGAUAGUGCCAGGCACGUCAUCCCACUCGUCCAUCCGCCUCUCUCGGAAAGGCAUGAAGCGAGUUAGCCAGCAAGGUUACGGGGAUCACUAUGUCCAUAUAAAGAUACAGGUUCCAAAAACAUUGUCAGACAAGCAAAAAGCGCUCAUGUACGCAUACGCCGAGCUGGAGGAAGAUACGCCCGGUCAAAUACACGGUGUCUCCUACGAUCGUGAUGGUAAGAAAAUGUCUGUCACAGAGCCCCAAGACUUAGUUGACGCCGUGAAGAAAGCGCUCAAAGACAAGAAAACCAUCGAGGGAUCAUCACCAGCGCCAGAAGACGACGUCAAAGAGCCUAAGAGGAGCAAGGCUUGAAAUAGGAUGAUAAUUUUAGGUUAAUAAAAUUAAUCUGAAAAAAAAAAUGGGAGCCAUUUUGUUUACGUCACGUCACUGGGGUGCCUCUAGCGGUCGGUUAGCGAACUAAAGAUUUUCCCGCCUUGUUUAUCAUAUUAUAGUGUCUCUCGAUUACAUACAUAUAGUCACGUCUUUAUCCCUUACGGGGUAGACAGAGCCAACAGUCUUAAAAAGACUAAUAUGCCGCGUUCAACUGUGUGGCUUAAUAACAGAAUUGAGAUUUAAAUAGUGACAGGUUGCUAGCCCAUCGCCUAAAAAAAAGAACCCUAAGUUUAUAAGCCUAUCCCUUGGUCCUAGUCUUUUUUUAUAUUGGUGCCGGGAACCACACGGGUCUCUCGAUUCCAUCUGGAUGUAGCUAGCAGGGUAAGAAAGACUCUUCUGCAAGUGAGACAUUGCUUUAAAAGACAAUAGGAUAUAGAUUGAAAUUAGCCGCUGGACUUUUCGUAACACGGAUAUUUUAUGGACUUCCAGUUGAAAAAUGUCAAAUUUCUCUUUUUAUUUUUGCGUUUCUUGUUAACGUCUUUAGUUCCAUUUAAGGAAUGAGUCCUGGGGUCCGCUUUUUAGCAUAAAGUAAGAAAGUUUUAACGGUUGCUUGACUAACAAGGACUUUUCUUUGGGAAUUUCUUAUGUUAGUGCCUUUCAACAUUGUAAGCUAUAAUCUAUAACAUUUGACAUUGACAUAUAAGAUUGAAGACCGCUAGAAACGCCAUCUGUCUUUCAUUGCUGAAAAUUAUCCAAAUCGUUUGAGACAAACACAACAUAAUUUUAAAUGUGGGCCAUUGAAAAAAUAUAUAUAUUUUUUUUUUUGUAAUACAAAUGUUUUGCAUAUUUGUUAUUUUUUAAAGCGAUUACAUUUGCGAUAGUGUGGCGAUGUAGCCUUAAAUGGAACUGAUAUGUAUGUUUGUUAUACAUUAUUUAUUUGCACCUACACUUAGGUUAUCUGCUCAACCCAAUGGUAGACUUUUAUAUAAUGCUAUUAGUAUUAAGUCCGCCUGUUGUGGGUACUUUUUCAAUAGUAAUUGUGAAAAUAAAGAAUAAAUAAAUAUGAUGAUAAUUUUUUUUUAAUCUAACACCGUGUUAAUGUUUUUAAAUAAUUCCUAUUUUUUUUAAACUUUCGAGUACCAUUAUACUACAUACAUAUGAUCACGUCUAUAUCCCUUGCGGGGUAGACAUAGCCAACAGUCUUGAAAAGACUGAAUGGCCACGUUCAGCUAUUUGGCUUAAUGAUUUUGGAUUGAGCAUUAUACUAUUUGUAAAUAUUACAGGUAUUAAACGCGCACGUGCCGCACCUUUAUUUUAUCUCGGACGUAUCGAAUUAUGUUACAAUGAUCACAGAUCAUUGUUUAUAUUGUGACGGUGCACAUCUGUAUUAUUUAUAAAUAGUCAUUUACUUUAAGUCAAAUUCUUUUUGAAACUUAAAUAUUCAGAUGGAAUAAAUAUAAUCUGAAGAUAUGGUAGGAAAUAGUUCUAUUUAGCAAGUGUUAUCGCUUUAACUGUUCAGAAAACUGUUUCAUACCAUGAUAUAUAGUUUCCGAGUUUUAUAUUUCAAUUUAUGUUUUGACUUCAUUAGUUUUAUUUUAGUUUCAAUGCUGUGAUAAGACUUUUGUCCAAAGCUAUGUAUGUAUUAGAUAGUUAUUAGUUGAUAACAUACAUUACCCUUAAAUUUCACAAAGAUCCCAAAUUUGUAAAAAAGAAUAUGAACGAAUGGUUUUUUUUUGUCAAAAUUAAUAUAAAUUCUAUUUGUGCAGAUUCUUUGUGAAAGAACAAUGUUUUUUUAUCAAUUUCACAAAAUGUCUAGUAACACUGAUUAUGCAUAGGUACAUUUUGUAUGAAGCUGUAUAUAGCCGUUGACUAGUUUGUAGGAAAUUAAAUAUUCACAAAUAUCAAA